AUGACCACCACAACCAUUUCCGACAACAACGAUACCAGACCCACGAAGUUCGCCAAACUGGACCACCCCGCCACUACCACCAUGUCUUCCUCCAGCUCUACCCUCCGCCUCCUAGUACAGCUCCAUCCCUCUCACCCGCUCGCAAAACUUCCCACCCGAGGCUCAGCACUUGCAGCAGGCUACGACCUCUACGCAUCCGAGCGCGUCCUCCUCCCUCGUGGUGGACGUAAAGUUGUCCAGACCGGUAUCUGCCUCGCCAUCCCCACCGGCCACUACGGUCGUGUAGCUCCCCGAUCCGGCCUCGCUUCUAAACACGGCAUUGACGUUGGUGCUGGUGUGAUCGACGAAGAUUAUCGAGGACUGCUCGGUGUUUUGCUUUUCAAUCUGGGCGAUGCUGAUUUCACAAUCAAUGAAGGAGACAGGAUCGCACAAUUGAUCAUUGAGAAGAUUUCGACUCCAGAGGUUCAGCAAGUGGAGAGUUUGGACGAGACUUUGCGCGGUGAAGGCGGUUUCGGAUCGACUGGUGGGUUCACUGCGCCAGCUGCUGAUGCAACCGCAGCGGCAGUUGCUGCUGAUUUGCCUGCCGAGGUUCAGUCUAGUAAAUAA